AUGAAACCAUUCGUAUUAGCCAGUUUUCUUAGCAUAGCACAUGCUUCCUCAAAAAACAUUGAAUCUAUUUAUAAAGAAUCUUUAAAUCUAUUGCAAAAUCCAUCACAAAAUCCACCGCAGAAUCCAUCUCAAAAUCCAUUAUUGUAUAUAACUGAAGGAAAUAUUUUUGCUUUAAUUCUAAAAAAUGCAAUGAAUACUGAAUGUAAAGCAAGGCUAAGAAAAUACUGUGAAAAUUUAAGAAAUAUGACUCAAAUGCUAAAAAGCUCCUUCAAAGCAUUAGAAGAACUAUGCCAAGAAACGAAACUAGAUGAAAAGUGCAAUGAUUUAAAAGAAAAUAUUAUGAGAAGAUGUGCUGCACUUGAACGAAGUUUGCAAGAUAUCCAGACUAAACCAUCUCCAAGUACUUUUGAAUGUCUGUAUCAAAAUGAAUGUAUGCGUAUAGAAGAAGCAUGUUCAAUAAAAGUUAAUGAAAAAUGCAAUUAUUUAAGAGCAUUUUGUAGAGAAAAAAGACGAGAUGAUUUGAAAACAGAAUUUCUUUUAAGAGCCUUAUCUGGAAAUUUAAAAACUCAAGAAGAAUGUGAGAAAAUAAUCGACAAAAAGUGUCUUGCGUUCAUGGGAGAAAGCGAUGAACUGAUGAAGUUUUGUUUAAUCCCCUUAAAUAGAUGUAACGAACUCGUGAAAUUAAUGGAGACAAAAUGUAAUAGUUUAGAAUUUGAGGCAAAACUUUUUAUCGAAAAGACUAAAAUAUCAAAAGAAGAAUGCAUUUCAUUAUUUGAGAAAUGCUAUUUUCAUAAAUCAAAUUGCAAUAACACUUUUCAUGAUAAAUGUGGAAAAAUAAAAAAAAAGUGUGAAAAUGAAGUAGAAUACAAACAUUUUUCUUUACCAUUUAACCCAAUAGGAAAAGAAAUUAUAUUAAUAGAAAAAAUUGGAAAAGAAGAAUUAUUCAAAGGUGAAAUUGGAAAACCAAGGAUAAAAGAUACAAUUGAUCUUUUAAUAUUAUUAUCAAAUAAUUAUUUAGAUCAUUGCAGAACUAAUAUUGAAAGAUGUCAUAAACUUUGCAGCCUUUUACCUCAAUUAGAGGAUUUAUAUGAUGAUACUAAGGAAAAAAUGAAUAAAAGCAAAGAAAUAUGUAAUACCUUAAAAGAAAAAUUGAGAUCUAAAUGCAAGCUUUUUAAAUCAAAAUUAUAUGAUUUAUUACUAUCAGAUACUAACGAAGAUAAUAAAGAUGCUAUACUUAUAGAAUGGGCCAAGCAAUCUACUGAGUUUAGUGAAGAGCUUUGUAUAGAUUUGGAAUCAAAGUGUUUUUAUUUAAAGAAAUCAUGUAAUAGCGUGAAUAUUAAAAUGUUUAGUGCAUGCAUCAAUGUAGAAUCAACAUGUUUAAAAACACGGCUUUUCGGAAGAGAAUAUCAACUAUUUCAAAGCACAUUAAAAGGAAAACUGCAUAAUUUAACAAAUAAUUCGCUUAAAACGUGUAUGGAUGAAUUAUGGAUUCUAUGUAAGAAAAUAAUUAGCAGUAAUAAUCCUAUAUUAAUAGAUCUUUGUCUACACCCAUGGGAUACUUGUAAGGAGCUUGCAAAUGAUAUCGAAAGGCAGAGUAGGUGGCUUAGAAAUGAUCUGGAUUGGAAAAGGGAUUUUCCAGAUGAAGAGGACUGUAAAAAACUAAAAGAGAAAUGUGAAGUGUUAGGACAUGAUUCAAAAACGAACGACUUACCAUGUUUUACACUGAAAGGGCGAUGUGAUCAUUUGGAAAAUGCUAAGGAAUUAGAGGAAAUUUUGUUAGAAGAAAAAGUAGAAAAUUUAGGCAAUUUAGAUAUAUGUAUAAAAAAAGUUUCAGAAAAAUGUAAUAAAUGGUCUAAAAAAAAGAGAACAAGAUUUAUUUUUUCGUGUAUACAAUUAGUCACUACUUGUCAAAUCAUUACUAGAGACAUUAAAUCUAAAUGUUCUGUAUUAGAAAGGAACAUAGAUAUUGAAGACGUUCUAGAUCAAGUGAAGAAUGGUGAUGCAGACAUGAAGGGCCAUACAUGUGAUUUAUGGGAACCCUAUUGUGAUAAGUUUAUGUUGAACUGUGAAAAACUUGUACAAAAUAAUGGAAAGAAUGGAAAAUGCGAAGAACUAAAAGAGAGCUGUAAAUCGUAUCGUGAAAUACAAGAACAAGAAGUGAGACUUAUGUAUGAAUUAAGAGGAAGUCUCAAUAGCGAAAAUAAA